AUGAAUGCACAUAUGAAGCUGUAUAGCAACGAACAUUUUCUUGACAGCAAGCAUCCGCUGGGCAAAGCAAUGCAAGUGCAUAUGCUCGCAUCGCUAAAUCUGAAACUUUUAGAACCAUUCGAGUAUUCCACGUGGGCUAUCAUACUGCUUGUCUCUAUUCAAGCGGCCGCGUUUUCGAUAUUUGUUUUUGAAUGGUUAGGUCCAAAGAGCUAUAAUAUGCAGCGGUAUCCGCCGCCUGUGGAGGCGGAGAACGAUAUGCAAGGGAUAGCUUAUUGGUUGGUAUGGGCAACAUUGUUUGGAGCAAGUGUUUCUACUGUUAUUUACAAAACUGCUUGUACCGAGAAUUUAGACAUACCGCGUUCAAUGGUUAGCCGCUUUAUGGCACUGGUUUGGGCUGCUUUUGGGCUUACUUUUGUUGCUGUUUACACUGCCAACUUGGCCGCUUUCAUGAUAACGCGAGUGCAGUAUUAUGACUUCAAGGGCGUGCACGAUGAAAGACUAAUAUAUCCAGAACGUUAUAUACCUCCUUUUCUUUACGGAACAGUGGAAGGUGGAAAUACGCAUGAGACAAUGAAGAGAAAUUGGUUGCGCAUGAAUCAGUAUGUUACUAACAAGAAGCUGUUCCGUGAUAAUAUUAUGGCAGGGAUUCGUGCAGUGAAAAACGAAGAGCUUUUAAAUUAUUGUCUUAGAGAAUUGCACGCCUUUAUAUAUGAUGCUGUGGUGCUCGACUAUCAAGCUGGCAAAGAUUCGAAAUGCGAGCUAAUGACGGUCGGCAAGUGGUCAACAGUGACGGGCUAUGGGAUUGGUUUCCCAAAGAAUUCGCCACAUGUGCAGAAAGUGAAUCGUUUCAUGCUCCAGUACCAGCAAAACGGUGAUCUUGAAAGGUUACAAAACUUCUGGAUGACUGGCGCAUGCACACCAGAUUCAAACAGUCAAACGAGAAGUGCUCCGCUUGGAAUUGAGAAUUUCAUGAGCGCAUUCUUCUUACUUAUUGUUGGAAUUGUAAGCUACUGA